AUGUUGCAACAUCAUGGUAGUCGAUUGAUAGAUUCACCGAAUUUUCAACAAUUAUAUACAAGUCGUUUUGUACCUUUAUUUAUACAUUUAAUUCUUUUAAUACUCAUUUUUGUUUAUCGUGAUGAACUUGUUAAUAAUUGUAGUAUUAAUGAUUAUGCAAAUGCAUCGAAUGGGCUUAUUUGGUCGGAUGCUUGGACGGGUGCAUCACUUGGUUUAGUUCUUAUUGAAAUGAUUUUAUCUCUAUCGGGUUUUUCAAUUUUUCGAUAUUAUGCUGUUAUUUUCUCAAUUGUAUUACAUUCAGCAGCUUGUGUUGUUAUCAGCGGAUAUUUUAUGUCGGAUAUGAGUAUUUGUAUGGGUUUACCAUAUUUAUUAUUUUUUUGUACGUUUUUACCAUUGAGGAUGGCUACAAAUACGCUUUCUUCUCAUUCAUCAAUUCCUCCUGGUGAUAUUUCAACAUUAAAUUCUUAUGGUGCAUUAUCUCAUAAUAAUGAUAUUGAAGUAUUACCAUCAACAACAGUAAUUAAUUCAACAUCAAUGCAUAAUAAUGAAUCUAAUUCUACUAUAUCAAAUCAUUAUAAAUCUCCAAAAACUUCUUGUUUAAAACCUCAACAAUCUGAAACAAUAUUUGCUAUAUUUUUAUUUACACUUGGUCUUAGUUUAUUAAUCUAUGUUAUUGUAUCAUAUUGGUUUACACAUAGUCAAAUAUCUCCAAUAAUUAUAUUUAUAUGUGGUUUACUUUGUUUUAUACCCGGUUGUUAUUAUUUAGUUGAACAUUAUUCAUUUAUAUUUAAAUGUAAACGAAAUCGUCAUCGACAAUUACGAACAAUUGAUGAAGAUGAUAUUAUCUAA